UUAUGUAAUGAAUUGCAUUUAUCACGUACAAAAUGACUUAAUAUCGAUCGUCAAUUAUUUUGUAACAUCAAAUUAACGUAAAAAGUUAAAUUUUCGAGCACUAAUCAUGUUUUUUUCAACAGCCACAAAUUCAAAGUGAAGAAAUCGUAAAUUCGCGCCACGCCUCGUUGGUUGGCACUGCUGAAAGCGCGCCGGCAGCGCCCCGGCACGGACCAAAGCACCGAACUUGACACGGUAGUGGAGUGAAGUAUUUUUUUUUGAAAAGGGCAUUUUCGAAUACACGCAGUGUCCAUUGGCACCAGCAUAUGUGAAUCGUAGAGCGGUCGUCAGCACAACGCCCGUACCUUGGACCACAUCAAUUGCCGGGCCGAGCGACCACAACGCACCAAAAACGACGAUAUUGGAGCAAUCCACCGGACUCGGCUCGAUAAUGGCAGCCAGCGACAGUGCGGGCGACGAUUCUCUUUAUCCCAUCGCCGUGCUCAUCGACGAGCUCAAGAACGAGGAUGUACAGUUGCGACUCAACUCAAUCAAGAAGCUGUCUACGAUCGCGUUGGCGCUGGGCGUCCAACGCACGAGACAAGAGCUGAUACCCUUCCUCACCGAAACGAUCUACGACGAGGACGAGGUGCUGCUGGCACUCGCCGAACAGCUCGGCAGCUUCAUCACCCUCGUCGGCGGACCGGAGUACGCCUACUGUUUAUUGCCGCCGCUCGAGAGUCUCGCCACCGUAGAGGAAACUGUUGUUAGGGACAAAGCGGUGGAAUCGUUGAGGGCACUCGCCCAGCAACACAGUCCGGCCGAUUUGGAACACCACUUUGUGCCCUUGGUUCAGAGACUGGCCACAGGCGAUUGGUUCACGUCCAGGACUUCCGCGUGCGGUCUGUUUUCCGUAGCUUAUCCCAGAGUCUCCGCCAACAUUAAGCAAGAUUUAAGGUCACACUUUAGAGCAUUAUGUCAGGACGACACGCCCAUGGUAAAACGUGCGGCCGCAACAAAACUAGGCGAACUAGCUCAAGUCGUGGAAUUGGAAUAUCUGAAGUCGGACUUGAUACCGAUGUUUGUUCACUUAGCCCAAGACGAACAGGACUCCGUUAGACUUUUAGCGGUAGACGCGUGUGUUAGCAUCGCCACUCUCUUACAACAACCAGAUGUCGAACAACUUGUAAUGCCCACUUUAAGACUAUGCACAAGUGACACGUCUUGGCGAGUGCGUUUUAUGGUAGCGGAGAAGUUCACCGAGCUCCAAAAGGCUGUCGGCCCCGAACUAACCCGCAUCGAUCUCGUACCGGCGUUCCAGAGCCUGCUUAAGGACACAGAGGCGGAGGUCAGGGCGGCGGCCGCCAACAAAGUGAAAGACUUCUGUCAGAAUUUAGACAAGGCCCAUCAGGAGACCAUAAUCAUGACCAACAUCCUGCCCUGCGUUAAGGAACUGGUCGGGGACGUUAACCAGCACGUGAAAUCGGCCCUCGCGUCCGUUAUCAUGGGUCUGAGUCCAAUUUUGGGCAGCCAGAACACCAUCGAGCAUCUACUGCCGCUGUUCCUCACUCAACUCAAGGACGAGUGUUCGGAGGUGCGGCUCAACAUCAUCUCUAAUCUGGAUUGCGUUAAUGAAGUCAUCGGCAUCGAACAAUUGUCGCAGUCGUUGUUGCCAGCUAUAGUCGAACUGGCCGAGGAUUCGAAGUGGCGCGUCCGCUCCGCGAUCAUCGAGUACAUGCCUCUUUUAGCCGGCCAGCUUGGACGCGAAUUCUUCGACGAGAAGUUGAACGCCCUGUGCAUGACUUGGCUAAUGGACCAUGUGUUCGCUAUCCGGGAAGCCGCCACACUAAAUCUCAGGAAGCUGGUCGACCAGUUCGGCGCCGAGUGGGCGGAGACCAUGAUCAUACCCAAAGUGUUGGCGAUGUCUAGAGACCAGAAUUACCUGUACCGCAUGACCUGCCUGUUCUGUAUCAACGUACUGGCGGAAGCAUGCGGCGUCGACAUAACGACGCGAGUCCUGCUGCCCACAGUGUUGGGAAUGGCCAACGACAAGGUGGCGAACGUGCGUUUCAAUGUGGCGAAAACCCUGCAGAGGAUAGCACCGCAAUUAGAUCAGACCGUGAUCCAACCACAGGUCAAACCUAUACUCGACAAAUUGAUGAUCGACGGCGAUGUCGACGUUAAAUAUUCAGCGACAGAAGCCUUGCUUGGUAUUGCGGGUUGAAAUAGAGGUGUGAUGAUUUUCUACGCACGAGUUAAAUUAAGAAACAAGAUGCUGAAGAAAAGAAAUUUUAUUAUACAUAUUAAUAUAAUUAAUCUCAUAGAUUGUAAUAUCACCCUAACUGUUGUGCCCCAAUAUUAUUUAAACAAAAGAUGUGUAAAAUAGCGGUUAUAGAUUAGUCUUAAAAAUUGUUCAGUACUUUGUCGAUUUUGUGUUCCGGUUAUAUUAUUUAUUGUAAACUUUCUACUAAAUUUGCCAUGUUCAUUAUGAUAUUACAAUAUUAUCAAUAGCUCGAAAUUUCAUUUUAUAUGAUUGUUUUUGUAUUAUAACUAGUUCUUAUUAAAAUAUAUUAGUUUUAAAAAUAAGUUUCUUCAAUAAAACAAAACAAAAAUCAAA